GUCCUCUAUCUAUCUCUAUGACUGGUACCCACUAGCUGUCAGUGGAAUAUUAUGACGUAGUUUCCGGUAUUACACCCGACUCACCAAAAAAACUGUCGAACUGGGAAGGAGCAGUCAAAAGGGGUCGAAAAUACUCAAAUAAUCUAAAAACCCCAAGAAACAUAGCUGCUUCACUCUCCACCAGGAUUACAUCGUGAUUGGACACAGAACCAUCUCCCCGCCAAUGACAGCUCUUUAGAGAGAAAAUACCCUGUCCACCACAGUCAUUGGCUGAGCUGGACUUGAGAUCACAAUGAUGAAGAGGAUCUGAAGGAGUCUUCCUCCUCAGGUGAAGGAGGCGAGCCCUGUCCUUUCCCAUCCCCUUGACACACCCAUUAAUAUGAACCAUGGACCCAGGAGCAGUUGACAGUCCCGUCACCUUAGUCAUCAAGGCCCCCAACCAGAAGUAUGACGACCAGACAAUAAACUGUUUUCUCAACUGGACGGUAGAGAAACUGAAGAGUCACAUCUCGAAUGUGUACCCAAGCAAGCCGUCAUCCAAGGAUCAGCGGCUGGUAUACUCGGGCCAUCUCCUCCAGGACCACCUGCAACUGAGGGAUGUCCUCAGGAAGCAGGAGGGUUAUCACAUGAUGCACCUGGUGUGUGCCUCCCGUAGCCCACCAACCUCGCCCACGCCCCACUGCUCCACCCCCAGCUCGGUGACCUCUGACCCCAGCUCCAGCUCUGGGAGUUCAGACAGUGCUGGCUCCAUCCCCCAAGCCACAACACCAAAUCAGGACGGUCAGUCCGCUGCCUCAGUAGCAGGAAGUUAUGAUGGAUUAAGGCAUCGUGGAGGCUUCCCCCAAUUUAACCCUCAAAAUCCUACCUCUACUGGUAUAAUGCAAUGGCCAGAUGGGACGCAGGUCCCAGUACAGGGGGGUAUGGCUGCAGGUGUGCCCCCCCACCCCAUGUACAUGCCCAUGCAGGUCCUCUGGUGGCAGCAAAUGUAUGCACGCCACUACUACAUGCAAUAUCAAGCAGCAGUGGCAGCCUCACAGCCCCCCUCCACCCCUCCCUCCUCCCCCAGUCCCACCCACUCCCCCCAACCCGCACAGCCCAAUGAAGCUCCACCUCCCCUGGGACCUAACCCCAUUCAAGAGGACAGGGCGGCCAAUCCCAAUAUCCAGAUGAAUGCCCAGGGCGGGGCCGUGCUAAAUGAGGAUGAACUGAACCGGGAUUGGCUGGACUGGAUGUACGCGGUCUCCCGCGCUGCCAUCUUGCUCAGCAUUGUGUAUUUCUACUCCUCCUUUGGCCGCUUCGUCAUGGUGAUAGGCGCCAUGCUGCUCGUCUUUUUGCACAGGGCUGGUUGGUUCCCCUUUAGGCCAGAGCUGCAGAACCCCGGAGGAGAAGGAGCGGGGUUAGCUCAUCAGGACGAGGCAGAGAGACACCAGGACAUCCAGGAGAUGGAGCGGAUGAUGGAUGAAGGGCUAGAGGAUGAGGAGGGCGACAGUGGAGAGGAAGGCCCAGAGGACCCGGCAGCUCCCGCUGCCCCCCGCCACCACGGCUUCCUGGCCUCCGCCUGGUCCUUCAUCAGCACCUUCUUCACCUCUCUCAUCCCAGAGGGACCCCCCACCCCGCCAACUAAAUCAGGGAGGGAGACCCCCCAGUAA